UUGCAUGUCGUAGCAUCAUUACUGGUCUUCUCACUUGUCAAAGAGUUACAAUACGAUAGUGAUGAAUCGCUCAUCUGGGAUGAAGCCUUUGUAGCUGCCUCCCUUUUCGCUGUACAUCCGGUACAUACCGAAGCGGUAGCAAACAUCUCGGGCAGAGCAGAACUUCUAAUGAGCACUUUUGCAUUGUUCGCCCUCAUCCAAUACCAAAAACACAUUCGAAAUAAUAGCCUGGUUUGGCAAGACAUCGCAACAUUUUUCUUUGUCGUUGUGUCAUCAGUGUUCAGCAAGGAACAAGGCAUCGCUAUUCUUGUAACCAAUCUGCAUGUUUCUGGAGGUGCUACAGUGCUUUCACAACAGGCAGAGAUGGCGUCUUAUUCCAAUCUAUGGCUGACAAAUCUUCGCCUACUUCUGCUACCAUAUUCGCUCUGUUUUGACUACAGUAUGGGUUGUAUUGCACCAAUAACUGAGUGGACCGAUUAUCGCCUUGUUUGUUUACCCAUAGUCAUACUUUUGGUACUCGCUACACCUUACAUCCUUCACAAAGUUAACAAUAGUAAUUUACUGGUUACUGUUGGAUUUACAGUAGCCGAACGGGUACUGUAUCUGCCGUCGGUUGGAAUCUGUUUGAUGGCAGGAGUUCUUUACGUGCGAGCUUUACGGUACUUUCGUAAUAUGGAGAAAGUUGGUUUAGCAAUAAUCGUCAUUGCAAUGACAAUGAGUUAUCAGCGAUCUGAAGAAUGGCGCAGUGAGCUAGACCUCUAUGCUAGCGGCUUAAGAGUUUGUAGGCAGAAUGCUAAGAUUCACUAUAACUUAGGAAAGGUUCUAAGCAGAAUUGGUGACGUUGACGCUGCCGAGCACAACUACUGGAAUGCUAUCAGAUUGAACCCUAACUAUGAACACGCUAUGAACAAUUUGGCGAAUAUCCUGGAAUCGAAGGGUCGAAGCAUAGAUGCUGAACUGUUGCUGAGAAAAGCUCUUCGAAAUCGACCUACAUUCGCAGUAGCAUGGAUGAACCUUGGUAUAACAUUCAUGAAUCAAGGAAAAUACGAGGAGUCGCUACAAGCAUAUCGGGAAUCUUUGCGGCUUCGACCGGGCAACGUUGACUAUUCAACAUUUUCCUACAUUCUAAAACCGGGUGCAGAGCGAGCUGUUGCUGUGCAACUGUGCUCUAAGCAAUUUGGCAUGCCCAGAACGGAGCCAAAAACCAUUCCGGAUGCCACAGUCAACAAUGUGGCCUCGAUAGCGUUUCAAAUUGGUACAUGCCUCGGGAAAAAUGGCAAAUUUUUGGAGGCUGAACGACAUUUGAAAACAGCGCUACAACUCAGCCCUCAGAAUGCAAUGUAUCAUGCGAACUUGGGUGAUGCCGGAUCAAUUUUGUGGAAUUUGAAGGCGGUGCAGGAGAAGUUGAACAGGACCAGCGGCGAGAUUAGGCGCAACGUGCGCUUAUAAUC